AUGGCAUUGCAAAGCGACCGGCAUGGUGGGAUUUUGGCUCUCUGCCUUGGACUGCCAUCCACCAUCAACAACACUGGCAAGGAUUUACAUCCCUAUAGAUGCUUUUUCAUGUGCAUGGUGAAAAAGUGGAAUUUCUUUAGCUUUAGCAAAACGCAGGGAUUUCUGGCUCUUUUCACCGGUGAUACAGGUGAAAUUCGUGCAGAAGUCAGGGAACAAAUUGACACCAAAGUGGCAGAAUGGAAAGAAGAAGGAAAGGCAGAGAUUGUGCCUGGUGUCCUUUUCAUUGAUGAGAUACACAUGCUUGAUAUAGAGUGCUUUUCAUUUCUAAAUCGGGCUCUGGAGAACGAGAUGUCUCCCAUAUUAAUUGUUGCUACCAACAGAGGCUUCACAACUAUUCGCGGCACGAAUAACAAAUCUGCACAUGGGAUUCCAGUUGAUCUACUUGAUCGCCUUCUCAUCAUCAAAACUGAUCCUUAUACCGAGGAUGAAAUUCACAAGAUUCUGGAUAUCAGAUGCCAAGAGGAAGACGUAGACAUGAGUGAAGGUGCAAAACAUUUGUUAACCAAAAUAGGUGUAGAAACAUCCCUGCGAUAUGCCAUUAAUCUAAUCACAGCAGCUGCUUUGGCGUGUCAAAAGCGAAAGGGAAAGACCGUGGAAUUGGAAGACAUAAAUCGGGUUUACAAUUUGUUUUUGGAUGUCAAAAGAUCGACACAGUACUUGAUGGAAUAUCAAAGUCAAUACAUGUUCAGUGAAACAGGUGAAGUUGAUGAAGAUGAUGCCAAUGCUAUGGUCCUCUGA